AUGUUCGUGCAGUGUGUAAAAGGGCAUAGUCAAAAGAGGAUCCAAGAUUCCCUAGACCUUGUAAAGGCAAGUGACUUGGAUAAUCUCAGCGCUAACGUCGAAACGCUGAUGGAUGUGCUAGCCAAGGUUGAACACAUUUCCUUCAUAAAUCUCGGAGACGUGUUUGGCAGCGUAAUGUGUCAAAGCGUCUUUGAUACUGUACACCAGUGCUGUGUAAAGAACUUUAUCGCAGCAGCAAAAAUGCGAGGUGUAAAUACUGGACUUAAUGUUUCGAAAACGCGCAAGUGCGAGGAGACCAUCAUUCACGGGGAGAUGGAAAGGUUGAAAACGUUCUUAGAAAUGCAGGAAAAGGAUAUUUGUGUAGUUCAGACUGCGUUUUGA